UGGAGAGCGUAUUGUCAUAACUCAUAACUAGAUCUAGUCGCAUCGGCAGUAGAGAGAGAGAGAGAGAGAGAGAGAGAGAGAGAGAGAGAGAGAGAGAGAGAGAGAGAGAGAGAGAGUGUUAUUGUUGCAAUCCACUACCAUGGGGAAAAUGAGUUUCUUUGCAGUUGUGCUGGUGGUGCUGCUUCUCCUGCACCCAUCUCGGGAAGGAGGCGAGGGAGUGAUGGUGGCGGAGGGGAGAAUGUGCGCGUCGCAAAGCCACGGCUUCAAGGGAACCUGCGUCCGAAACCACAACUGUGCCCAGGUCUGCAGGCUCGAACAUUUCUCCGGCGGCGAAUGCCAGGGUUUCCGCCGCCGUUGCUUCUGCACCAGGAAUUGCUAGUUAUGACGAGCGGUGCCCCCUGCCUGCCUGCCUGCCCGGCCGGUCGCUGCCCUCCUCUAUUUCGUGUUUCCCAGCUGUAAUAAGGCCAGACUAGUUGGCGAGCUUCCGCCGGCCUCUUUUUUGCUACUUUCAUUUUUCCGCCUCUUUGAUUUGCUUUCUCCUCUUCUGUUCUGUGUUGUUGUUUGUUAUAGCUAUCGAUCUUUUUUUUUUUUCACCAAGAAGUAGGCAAAUGAUCUAUCGGUUGCGCUACUUCUUUCUCAUCCUUAAUGUUUAGUUCUGCAUAUAUGGGCCGUUUUCAGAUCCAACGCAAAUGAGUUUCAUAUUCAUCAGUGACUCAACAUUGAGAGACAUUCGUUUAGUUCGGAUUAAUUCCCCAAAUACAGGAAUAAUUAAAAG